UCUUGACGAGCGCAAGUGUCCAGUUCAACGCGAUAGAGCAACCGCACCGGACAAGAAACUCCAAGAACGGUGUCUUGAAGGAACAAGGGACCCCGAUUUUUGUCCGUUAGUUUUCGUACCAGUCCUAAAGCGGGUGAACUUUGUUACAAUUAAAAAAUUGAGAUUUGAAAAAGCGAAAUUUGUGAAAACGAACCAAACAGUGUGGAGGAAAUAGUGAACUUCGCACCAGACAGUGUAGCUUUUGCACCGAUCGCCAAUGAUCUUCUUCCGAUCACUCGAUCGUACAUCGAUAGGCGAUAGAGUCAUCAAGAACGACGGCUAAUCUUAGCGGGCCGAGUGCCUAGUGAAGACGGAGGAAGAAAAAAAACGAAAUAGACACUUGAAAGUACAUUAGUUAAAGUGUGUGAACGAUGAAGACGGCCGUACCCUUAGGUUUGCUGUUGCUGCUCGGUUUGCUGGUGACCCAACCGGUCGAUGGCGCACCCUUCAACCAGCGCGACCCGGCGGACGAAGGCAGCGCGAUACCGGAAUCGAAGGUCGUCGAUUUGGAAAAUUUGACAGAAAGCGAACGGGAAUUCUUCCGGGAGACCGUCAACAUUACCGCGAUAAAGAUACAGCAGCAAGCGCUGCGGGACCGGCAGAACAUGAGCCGCACCAGCGGCCCGAUGGCCAUCACCCAGAGCACCAUCGACCGGAACGUUCCCGAUCGGGUGAAAACCAGAAAAGAGUACGCAGAGCACAUAAUCGGAAACAUCAAGCACAACAUCGAAAGCAACCUGAUGCGGAACGAUACCGUGUCCCAUCUGGCCGCCACGCACGAGAUGGCCUUUUCCGCCGUCUGCGAGAUGCCCAAAAACACCAACACCAGCCAAUGGAACGAAGACAACACCUGGAAUCUGUUUUUCCGUCUGCCUCACAAUAAGCAGUAUAAUUCUGUCAGCUCGGCUGUUCUAAGAUUGUACAUGAACGGACUCAACUCGACCGGGGCACGCAAUCAGCGGGAGUCGGGCAAUUGCAAGAACCCCUCGGAACAGAUGAUUCGCAUAACGGUUUCGGUGUACUUCCGCAAGAAUCGGAGAGACAAUGGAACUCCGGAACGGAAGAAGCGUAUCUGUAGCUGCACCACGAUCACCCAAUCGUACCGGGGUUGGAUUACGUUGGACACGCUGCUGGCGGUGAAGCUGUGGGAUAAACCGAACCGCAACUUGGGCAUUGCGAUCGAUGUGGAGGACCAGGAGGAUCGACCACUGCGGGCGGCCGAUUUCUUCCAGCCGGCCGAUUGCUCGGAGGCAAGUAAAACCAACGCUUCAGCCGUAUUUCCAUGGAGCUUUUUCGGAAGUCCACUCGCACGGACCGUUAAUGAAAUGGACGAUGUGCCACACUACCCGCGAAUAGACAUCGUUUUCCAGAGGAAUACGCAUCACAAUCAUCGUCUGUACCGUCCCAAGUACCACUACGGGUACGGUGUGCGUUCCCAUCUGGCGAAUGGUUCCACCGCCGGCAGCAACACAGGCAAUUCGUACGAGCACGAGGACGUGGAUCACCAGCCCGGCACCGGUGUCUCGGCCGGCGGUCACCACAAUUAUAAGCGCCCGCACCAUAUGCACGAUAUAUUAAAAAAGCUACACACCCACACGCAGCACGCCGUACAGCAGCCGGUGGUGAUCGGCCGGGCACAGAUGAAGCGUCGCCAUCUGAACCAUCACACCGUGGCCAUCAAUGACGAUUGUGAGGAAAACCAAUCCAUCUCCUCGUCGGCGAUGCUCGAUUCGACCGCUUCGUUAUCGGACGAGGAUCGGAACUUAUGAUUCGAUCGCGUUGCAUAAAUCGCUGUCGCUACAGGUUGUCGACGCGCGGCACACUAGCGGUCGUCCGAGUCGCUAGUGCCAGCCUCGACCCCACAACUAGCGACGGGGAUGGUAAUGUAUUUUCUAGCCGCUUAAUCAUCCUUCCGUCACGGAGCUUCUAGUGUGUAUUGAUUUUUUUUAGAGAGUAGACAUUCGGCGUACGGUUGCCCCAGGGGGCGCCGUCGUAACAAGCGCUUCCGUUAUUGAGUUCCUUUUAAUUAUUCCUUGUUCCUUAGGGGUUUUUCGAUUGAUUUUGAUCAUGCAGAAGAACUGUCCACAGUUCUGUUGAGCACAGGCGGGUCAAUCCCAAUCUCAUAGGGAUACACGCUGCUGUAGAGUUCCUGUAGAGCUCCUAAGUACUGUACUUAAGUUGAUUGAUGGUCGGUGACAGCUGUUAACGAGCCCGCGUUAUGAGUAAACGUUAUAACCCCCAGUAAACGUUAUAAACACAUGUUAGUGAGUGCGCACUAGGGCGCGGGAUGGGAAGACCAAUCGUUAAACACAUGCGCUUAGUCUUUAGCGAUAAAUAUGAAUGUUCGCGCUUGGUGGUCGCUAUUUGCACUCUAUGUUGUGCUAGGAAUCCGUUGUGUGAGUGUGUUUUUUUAUUUUAAUUACAGAACAGAUCCUUGAAUAUUUUUUUCAAAUGGUUAAGCUUUAUAUAUAUACGAUUACGAUACGAUACGAUUAAGUUACAUACACACAUACUAUAUUGGAAGUGCCGAACUGAUCAUUACACAACCAACUGUUACGAGCUGUUCGUCGUCGCGAACGGGCUCGCCGGUGGCAUACCGGACCGAAGGGAACUGCGCAGGUGAACAGGACGAUAAAAUCGUGUACAUAUUCAUUUCCCAUCUUUUCCGGUUUCACCGGCUUUCUGUCACACUGUGUGUGAGAUGAAGCACACCGCACUUACUAUCGUUGUACCUAGAUGUAUUAUUUAUUACACUUAUCAGCCAGGUUCCCUCCUUGGAGGGGGGAAAAAGACUGUUUUUGUUCAGAUAUUGCCCAAAGCUGCUGCAAAAACGUUCGAUCGUUCGAUAGCUAAAGUUCAGUUUUCCUUCCGCCAUCCGGAUGGCUUUUAUGUACUCGUUUCAGGCUUUUAGAGCAAUUCUUCGUGCAAAAUUCUUGCCGGUACAUCUUGUAAUCACAUGUAACAAAAGGUCGAGAUACGCAUGGCGAUCCAUGCGGCACUACUGGUCGAAACAUCAUACAUACACGGAGUAGAAUAGAUUGUAAAUAUCUAGGGAAGAGGACGUACGGUACACUUGUCUGCUGUUGAACAGAAGCAGCUACAGUACAGGGUGAAACUAUUUUUUAUCAUUUGCUCGACACACAGUUCGGUACUCUUCGGUAGUGAAUAGCGCAGCAAUGCAGUAGGACUAGAUAAUGGCCAAUGGUGACGCAUAAGCUGUUUGUGCCCGAUUUGGACAAUGAUGAUUUCGAAACAUUUGAAAAAAAAAAAACAAUUACAAUUAAUGUAGACUAGUAUUGUAACGGCUAGUUAA